GUCUCCAGGAGGGAAGAGGUCAUUCCGGUGUCCCCAUCAUUGAUGGAAGGGUAUAUUAGCCUCCUCUGUCCGCUCCUCGGUUUCCUCCUUGUGGUGUCAGGAAGCAGUGACUUUGGGUCCGUCAAUGUUGCACAGAUCAGGGUGUCAGGGGUUUGGAGUGGUGGGAUCAUAGUGAACUCUGAUUAUGCCUCCUCCUCCCCCUCCCAUUUAAUGAUGGAUUCACCUGGGGAGGUCAACGUUGCUGCUCCUCUCAGUAUUUCUCCUGGCCUUCCAUGUCUCUGCUAAAGCCUGCUCCCUCUAUGCCCCUCCAUGAACCUUCCUGCUAAGCGAUCUCUGCCUUAUGGGACCACCUGACCCUCCGGCACCAUGAUGGCCGGGCCUCCUCACUAUUUACUGCUUCUCUUGCUGUGUAUGGUUGCCUCGCCCUCUGCGGCAGAAAGGAACAGGUUGAGUGCGCUGUUGCGGUGCGACGCUCUGCCGCUUAUUCAGACGUUGCUGGACCAUGGCCCUCCGACGCCUCGUACGGUGGCCAAGCAGGAGCUGAGCUUGCAACACCUGCGCUUCAUGCUGACCCUGUAUCGCCGAUCGGCGGAUGGCGAUGGAAGGCCCAAGGCGAGCAAGGUUCCCGGAGCUGCGGUGAGGCUGGUGAGACCCGUUCAUCGAACGACUUUUAUUCCAGAAGAGUCUUGGUGGAUCCAAGACUUGAAAUUCAACCUUCACUCUGUAAAAGCAAAAGAACUUCAAAGAGCAACAUUGAUGCACCCAAGAGCACUUCAUUUGAAGGACAGUUACUAUGUAUGUGAGGUGGAUCUCAUGCCAAAUAUUGGUGUCGCCCCUAAAACAAGAGUUCCCAGAGGAAUGCACAAGUGGGUUGAGACGGACCUCACAUCCUACGUCAAACCACUGGUGGACCAUCCCGGCCAAGUUUUGCACAUUCAGAUGUCAUGUAGGCAUACUGAGAAACGCCCUCUAGUUUCAUUGGCCGUUUCCCCAGCCCACAUUCCCUUCUUGUUAUUAUAUUUCAAUUCCACUGUUCACAAUCGAUCCAAAGAGGGCACAAUCUCUUUGAAUCCAGGUGAGAGAAAGCCGGGCACGCUGGUGAGGAAACCACGUCGAGCAGAGACUAUCGACAUUAAGCUUCCGAAGAUUCCCAAACCAGGUAGACCAUCCAAGAAUCACUGCUCACUUCAUCCGUUCUGGGUCAGCUUCCACCAGCUAGGAUGGGACCACUGGAUCAUUGCUCCACAUAGGUACAACCCUGGCUUCUGUAAAGGGGAUUGCCCCCAAGUUCUUCAUUCGGGGUACAAUUCACCAAACCAUGCCAUUAUUCAGAACUUUAUCAGUCAAGUGGUUGAUGGGAAUGUCCCGCGUCCUUCUUGUGUCCCUUACUCCUACGGUCCCAUCAGUGUUCUUAUGAUUGAGCCAGGUGGCAAUAUUCUAUAUAAGGAAUAUGAAAAUAUGAUGGCAGAGUCUUGCACCUGUCGAUAGGACUUCCAGUCAUGAUGGUGAAUGUUUAAAAAAAUAAAAAAUAAAUUAAGCACUUUAUAAAAAAAAAAAAAAACACUUUAAUAUUCUUGAAAGCAGAUGUAUGUGUAAAUAUGUGUGUUGUAAUAUAAUGAGUCAACCUUCUAGAUGUGAGCAUAAAACAUGUCUGUCUUGUACUCGUGUACCCUUUUCCUUGCCUACCCCAAAUUUAAAAUAAAUCGUAUUUUUUCACUUUUUGUAA